UGCGGCGGCGUCAGGGGCAGGGCGUGAUGCGCGCGGCGGAUGGGAGAUGCCCAGGGAUCCAGCUGCCGGGGGAGCUGGGCAACCUAGUGGCCACCCUCACGUGCUGACUGGGACUGCCGAGGGGAGAGCGGAGAAAGAGAGCGAGGUGGCGGCGGCGGCGGCGGCGGGAGCAGCCCGAGUUGGGUCUCGGGGAGAGGACUUGAGGGCUUGCUCCAGGGCAGCGCCGACGUGCUGGGCUGAUGGAAGACAAUAAGUAACUAGCGAGCGAGGAAGCGAGCGCCUGCCCCCGAGGGAGCCGGAGAAAAAGAAGAGCAGUGUUUCUCAAGGAUCUCCAGAGGAAGAAUGUGCAAAAGAGAAAGAUGACAUCUCUGCAUCCCAAUGAAAAGCUGAAAAAGAUUACAGAGGAGACAGAAACACAGCAGAAGAAUACAGACUAGUUAAAGAUGACGGAAGGCCGACACUGCCAAGUACACCUCCUUGAUGACAGGAAGCUGGAGCUGCUGGUGCAGCCCAAACUCUUGUCAAGAGAAUUGCUGGACCUGGUGGCAUCACAUUUCAACCUCAAAGAAAAGGAAUAUUUUGGAAUAACGUUUAUAGAUGACACAGGUCAGAGCAUCUGGCUGCAACUAGAUCACCGAGUUCUUGACCAUGACUUGCCCAAGAAACCAGGUCCAGCCACUUUGUACUUCGCCGUGAGGUUUUACAUUGAGAGCAUAUCAUUUCUGAAGGACAAAACAACAGUGGAACUCUUUUUUCUGAAUGCAAAGUCCUGUGUGCAUAAGGGGCAGAUCGAGGUGGAAAGUGAAACAGUCUUCAAGUUAGCAGCGCUCAUUUUGCAGGAAGCCAAAGGGGACUAUACCAGUGAUGACAAUGCCAGGAAAGACUUAAAAACCCUGCCUGCAUUUCCUACCCAGACGCUUCAAGAGCACCCAUCCCUUGCUUAUUGUGAGGACAGAGUAAUUGAACAUUAUCAAAAAAUCAAAGGUUUGACUCGAGGACAAGCAAUUGUUAGGUAUAUGAAAAUAGUAGAAGCUCUGCCUACUUAUGGAGUCCAUUACUAUGGAGUGAAGGAUAAACAAGGGAUUCCUUGGUGGCUCGGGAUCAGCUAUAAAGGAAUUGGCCAGUAUGAUUUACAAGAUAAAGUGAAGCCUCGAAAGUUGUUUCAAUGGAAACAGCUGGAGAACUUAUAUUUCCGUGAAAAGAAAUUUGCUGUCGAAGUUCAUGACCCUCGAAGAAUUUCGGUAUCAAGAAGAACCUUUGGGCAGAGUGGACUCUUCGUGCAGACCUGGUAUGCCAACGCUUCUCUCAUCAAAUCCAUCUGGGUGAUGGCAAUCAGUCAACACCAGUUUUACUUGGACAGGAAACAGAGCAAAGCAAAAAUUCCCUCCGCCAGGAGUUUAGACGACAUCGCCAUGGACUUAACUGAUACAGGCACGCCAAAGGUUUCCAAAUUGGUGACUCUGGAGGCAAAAAACCAGUUCAUCAUGGCAAGCAACGGCAGCUUGAUCUCCUCAGGUUCUCAAGACUCAGAGGUCAGUGAGGAACAAAAGAAAGAGAAAAUAAUGGAACUGAGAAAGAAAGAGAAGCUUCUGCAAGAAAAACUUCUGAAGAAAGUGGAGGAGCUUAAGAAGAUUUGCCUGCGCGAAGCAGAGCUCACUGGUAAGAUGCCAAAGGAGUACCCACUGAAUUCAGGAGAAAAACCCCCUCAGGUCAGAAGGCGUGUAGGCACGGCAUUCAAAUUAGAUAACAGCUUGCUUCCCAGCGAGGAGGAUCCUGCUUUGCAAGAGCUGGAAAGCAAUUUUGUCAUACAGCAAAAACUGGUGGAAGCUGCCAAGAAACUUGCCAGUGAGCCAGACCUCUGCAAAAAUGUAAAAAGAAAGCGGAAGCAAGAGUAUGCAGAUGCCGUAAAGAAGCUGCAGGAGAUUGAGAAUGCGAUUAACGAAUACCGAAUUACAUGUGGCAAGAAACCAAGUCAGAAAGCAACCCUCAUUUUACCAGAGAUUCAAUUUUCCUUCACAGAAGAUAUAAUCCCAUCCGAAAGCAGUUCUUUAUCAGAUACAACAACCUAUGAUGAUGCCAAUGAUUCCUUCACCCUCCCUGCCCAACGGUCCAGUUCAGUUCCGCAUUCUCCAAGAAUUCCUCCACCCAAGUCGCUUGGUCUGGAGAGAAUCCACUUCAGGAAGUCUUCCAUGAAUGAGCAGCUUAUGGAAGGCCGGCAGUCCAGAGAAAUAUUGUCAACACACAGCAGUCCCUAUAGGACUCUGGAGAGGCGUCCCCAGGGAGGCAGAAGCAUGCCGACCACCCCUGUUCUCACCCGAAAUGCCUACAGCAGUAGCCAUUUAGAGCCUGACUCUUCCCCACAACACUGCAGGCAGAGGAGUGGAAGUCUGGAGUCUCAGACCCAUCUGCUCUCUGAACUCGAUGGUGACAAGCCAUUCUUUUCCCUUUCCAAAUCCCAAAGAAGUAGCAGCACAGAAAUCCUGGAUGACGGCUCAUCCUACACUAGCCAGUCAAGUGCAGAAUAUUACUGUGUGACCCCCAGUGGGGGUCCCUACUAUGCCACACAAACUCUUGACACUCGAGCGAGGGGCCGGAGGAGGUCCAAAAAGCACCACGUCUCCACAUCCAAUUCUGGGAGCAUGCCCAAUCUGGCCCCAAAAGACAUGAGAAAUGGCGGCUAUCCCAAGAGUCAAGAGCAGCCUUCUUGCAGCUACUUUAUCUCUGGGUACCCGCCGUAUGCUGACUGUGAUCUUUAUUAUAGCGGAGGUUACAUUUAUGAGAAUGACACGGAGGGUCAGUACAGCGUCAACCCUUCCUACCGCUCAUCAGCACACUAUGGGUACGACCGUCACAAGGAGUACAGGUCCUACCAUGAAGAUGAGAUGGACCGAGUGCCCCAUAACCCGUAUGCAACUCUCCGACUGCCCAGGAAGGCACCCGUGAAAUCUGAGCACAUCACCAAAAACAUUCACAAGGCCUUAGUAGCAGAGCACCUUCGCGGCUGGUACCAGCGAGCCUCAGGACACAAAGACUUGGGUCACAGCUUGCAGGCAAGCUUGGAUUCAGACCGAGGCUCACAAAGAAGUCUCGGGUUCUCUGCUCUGCAGCUACCCUGCUCCCCAAGCAGCCGAGCUUCUUCCUACACUUCAGUGUCUUCCACAAGUGCGUCCGGGAACUGGAGGACCCAAUUAACUUUAGGGUUGGCUGAUCCCCUCUCACAUUCUUCUUACGCCAGCUGCUACGGCAAUGUCUACAGUCCUUUGCCACCUCCAAGCAGGCAGAACAAAGAGCUUCUGUCCAGGCGAAUGGUGGUAUCUGCAGAAAUGAGCUCAUUUUUAAAUUCUCUUAUGCUCAGUAUAGCCAGCGGUAACAGUAUGCCGAGGCCAGUCAACUGGACAGUACAAAUGGGAGCCGGCUGGAAAACAACAUGGACAGUAACGAACAGAGGCUCUUUUGGCACGAAGAUUCGAAGCCUGGAACAUUAGUCUGAACUGCCACCUUGAGCGCUUUUGUUCAAGCUGUGCAUUCUAACCCCAGUGUGCCUUGCCCAGUGUGCUGUUCUUAUGAAAAGAAAUCUUCUUCAGAGAUUCCCCAAAUAUCAGAAGCCAGAGAAGACUUGAAUCUUCAGAGUCCACAGACACCAAUUUUUUUGUUUUCUUUUAAAGAGAAACAUCCACCGCCGUCACCACCACCACCAAAAAGCCCAUGACUCGCUCCUCGAACUCCACGUGGUUGGCGUUCCAUGUUUUGGUGGCGUCUUUUUGUUGCAUUUUUUUUAACCCUCGACAAGUUCGAGAACUUGGUUGAAGUAUUUAUGUUGAAGAAGCACUUUUUAGGUGUUGUAGGCUAAACUGCAGAUCAAAAGGCGGGGACUCUUUUCAAGAGAAAGCGAGAGUUUUCAGAGCACAAUUCAGAUGGACAAAUGGAAGAAAAGUAACAUGACUUUUUUUUUUCAGGCAUGAACUCAUAAUGACAAAUAUAUGGAUUCAUGAGUUCAUGAAGUAUCCCAUACAGACACGUGAGGACUGGCAGAUUUUAGACAGUAUUGGAAAACUUACUUGAAGGAAGGCUGGAUUUCAAUGGGUUUCAAUGUUUUUAAGGCAAUGUACAGAGUGACAUUUUUUGCCAGCACCAUGAAGUGGAUUCUGAGGGGGGGUGGGACGGGAAUGACAGGUGAGGGAGGGAGGUCCAAGCGAGGCUUCGGAGUUUCCGUCAGAGCCUCAACUAUGACUCUUUCUUCAUGGUAGCAGAAUUGGGAGAUGAAGCAAUAUGUUGAAUUAUUUACGAAUGUGCUUUGUGCAUUUCCAAAGGUACCAUUUCACUGUGCCUGUGAGCUCGUUUGUCACACCGAGCUGCAUGGUGAACAACUGUUUGAUUGGUAUGAUCCCAUUGGGCUACCGUACUUCAUGGCCACUGGGCUAGGGAUUGCUUCCACUGUCAUAAAGUUCUAAAGAGAACACACUGUGAUGGCCAAUAUUUUAAGGUGAUGCAAAAAAAAAAACCCAACAUUCAGAACAACUGUGCCUUACGAUUGUGGGCAUUAGACUUGAGCACUAUUGUCUGAGUGCUAGGUGCGAUUCUAGGUCACCAAGUGACGUCAAUAAGAGUGCUCCUUAAAAAUAACACUACAAGUGAGCUCCACGAUGCGGUUGCCCGAAUUAUGAGGCUAAAAGCUACCUCGCAUUUUCUUUGGAGGAACAGAUAGAGGCGAUGCAGGAUUUUUCAGAAGCAUUUGCUUCCCUUGUUUAUGAAAAGGAUUCUCAUUGCUCAUCUCUACUGCGCUUCAGAAUCCCAUCUAAGGUGCUCUGGUGUUUUGUUUUCUUUUUAUACAGAUGAUUAGUAACUCCUUGUGUAUAUUGUGAAUAGAAAAAUUUCUGACUGACUUUUUUGAACAUUUUUUACCUAUAUCCCAAAGCAUGUAAUAUAUACACAAAGAUGGAUUUGUUAAACUGGUCCUUAGUCAUUUGUAUCAUUAGAAAUGAAGUUUUGUUUUGUUUUGUUUUAUUUUGGGGGGAGUAGAGAAUUAAAACAGAAGAAUUAACUUAAUUCCUUUUUUGCAUAUUUGUAUAAUGCGCUAGAAACAGAAAUGCCCUUUUGCAUAUCGUUUUUCCUAUUCUGACUUUAAAGACCUAUUAUUUUCACAUAGGUCAAUAAACUGAAAGUGUGCUAUUGAAAA